CUGUCCUGGACCAUUUGCAACAUCUCCUCUCAAUGGGCGAACUGCAGAUCGAGACAGAAGUGAAAAAUUUCUUGAAAACAAUCCAAAACUUUGCCUUGCAGCAGCCAUUUUAAAUGAUCACGUGAUAAAUAAAGUAUUGACACGCCCAUGUGAAUGUGAAUUUGUUUUUGUUAUUGAUGAACUGAUGAUCAAAAAUUUUCCGUGUACCUAUCGUUUGAUAUGUACAGUAGUGAUGGCUGCAUCAUCCUCAUCUGCUAAUGGAGUGAACAAGAAACUGGCAGUUCCAUAUUCUGCUGUACCAACCUCAAUUUCAACUCCAGAUUUAAUGCCAACAGACUUCUCAGUAGUAGAUUCUACUGUCCCUUGUAGUGCUAUAGAUAGUGGGUCUUUUGCUAGUACUGGUGCAUCGUUUCACUGUAGAGUGCCUGAGGUAUCAUCUGAUGAAGAUGAGUGUCCAUUAUCUGCCAUUGAUGUAGAGGAAAUCAUUAGUGAGGAAAGCAGUAAAAACAGUAAAUUUAGAAAGUCUAAUGAUGGCUAUUGUUUAAAACUCAAGAAACAUAAAGUUGAGCGUGUAGUUCCAAAUGCCUUUGUAGCAUUACCGGUGAAGUCAGUCAGUGUUUGCAGUCAAAUUGAACAUCUGCAUCGUCAUUUGAUGCUAAAGGAACCCAAAAUCAAUCAUGUUCUAGUACCUAUAAAUCGAAUGCAUAUUACCCUUAUGGUGAUUAAGCUGGACAAUGAUGAUGACAUUAAGAGAGGUAAAGCAGCUCUUUUACAAGUGAGCCAACUACUCAAAGAGCAAAACUUAUCAGGACUAAUCAAGUUCAAUGGACUCUCUUCAUUUGGCAGCAAGGUAUUGUAUGCUCAAGUCAAUGAAGAAAGUAAAAAGACACUUGAAAUGAUUGCAAGUCAAGUUCAUAAUACGUUUGAAGAAAAUAAAAUUUUCUCAACUGACAAGAGAGGUUUUACACCUCAUAUGACAAUAGCUAAACUCUCCCGGCAACGUAGGCCUAUAAUUAAAAAAAUUAAUGAAGAUCUUUAUUCUGACUGGACUGAGGAAAUUGGAGAAGAAAACAUUGAAGAAAUUGAAUUAUUAGCAAUGCACAAAAAAGAUGCAUCUGGCUACUAUUUUUGUUAUGAAAGAGACAAAUUUAUUAAAGCAUAAUAAUCAAACAAAAAUAAUUUUGAUACUACUAAUAAGUUAAUAUUAAUAUUAAUAAUAAAUAAAUUGAACUACAUACUAUACAGCGGCCUCAGUCAAAGAUGUGACUUUCUACUUUCAUUUAGUCAUUUAGCCUGCUUUGCCUUUAGA